AUGAAGGGAGAAAGGAUGGGAAAGACUUGGCCAAAUUUGAUAGAAACCAUUAGGGUUUCUGUUCACCCGUUUCGUGUUUACUCCUAUGAUGGAAGGGCAAAGUUCCCCACUGCCUUGAGAACCAUAGACUGGUCCACGAGUCAGCUUUCUUUGGUGUGCGAGCGUGCCACUGCUAGUAAUGAAAAGUCUAGCAGACUUAGUCUGGAAUGGAUAACUUGCGCCCCAAGUUACUGA